AGCAUGCAGUGAUCGUGCAGCCAGUUUUGGUGUUCGCCAAACAAUGCAUCCGCAGUGUUAUGUGAGGACACGCUGCGCGUUUUUUAUAAAGCUUUUUGCUUAAUAACUUGAACAUGAUGGAAUAUUAACUCUCGAAUAAAGAUGGACCAUCUCUGUGAAAUAGAUGCUGAAACGCAAGAUAUUGUCUCAGAUCCAGCGUUUGAACUCUUACCUGACAAUGUUAUCGUGGAGUACCUUGAUUCCAUUCUAAGUGGAGCAAUCGAAGACUUAUUGGAUCCAGAUUUCCUUGAAGUUCUCGAUUUUCCAUCAGAUGGCACAGACACAACCUGCUCGCUGACACCAGAAAAUGCUAAUUUUACAGAAACAAGGCCAAUUACAAAACGGAAAGGUGAAACACAGUUGAACAAACCUACCCACCAUAAACGCAACAAAAAGGUGUGUGCUGAAAGUCCCCCGAAUGAAAGAACGCCCACCAUUAUGUCUGAGGGUAAUUUCCACUCAAGGGCAAACGCAUUCCAGCCUUUGUUGCAUGUACCCUUCACCAGCAUCACUACCUUUGACAGUCCCCCUCUUCUGCCCACUAGUGCAUUCCAGAUCAUCCAGACCCUCAGUCCUCUUACACAGCCUUUAAUAAGCACUGUGAUUCCAACAGGACCCACGUAUGUGCUUGUGUCACCCCAAUCUGUGAGUCCAGGCACACAAAUACUUCCUCUUUCACCUCCUGGUGGCACAGUUGCCCCACCAGAGCUCACUGCAUCAGUACUCCCAGUUGGCUCAUUAUCAGACAGAUUGUGCAAGAUUUUGCCAUCAGAAUCUGUAGACAGUUCCUCUCCUAUAAAAGUCUCAAAUGAACUGCCACAGAAGAACACAGAAUCCCCUCCUCCAAAAACAGAGAGGAAAGUCCAGCCAGAAGCACCAAAAUGUGUCAAGGACUACGUACAUCAUGCCAAAUCCCACAUAAAAAACGCCUGCUGUGUUAUGCGUGGGGGUUUGGGAAUGGAGUCACACUACGUAGACAUGCACCUGGUCCAGAGAAAACUCCUUAUCAAAUCCGGCAAGAAUGCAAACAAGUGUCUAGAGAAAGAACUGGUCAUCCUCAGUGAUUCAGAGCGAAAGCAAGGAAAAUUAGACAAAAGUCAGUUGUUUCAUAACACUACUUCCAGACCAAAACAAUCAUUCGCUCUCCUUGGAAAAGCUGGAGUGGGGAAAACCACGUUUAUCCAGCGUUUAUGUUUGGACUGGGCGAGCGGCAGCCUGCCUCAAUUUCAGUUUGUUUUUUUGCUGAACUGUAAGCUUUUAGACCUUACUAAAUCGAGCUACAGCUUGAAAAGUUUACUGUUUGAUUUGUCGAUGUCUCCCCACUGCGAGGACUCUGAUACUGUCUUCAAAUACAUCCUUUCCUCUCCUGAUGAUGUUCUCAUUAUUUUCGAUAGCUUUGAUGACAUUAAAGACUUUGAGGGGCUUCUUCAGUCCCCUGCUAAAUCCCCCACAGGCACUAAAUACACAAUCAAACAGCUGUUCUCAGGUCUGUUUCAGAAGGAAAUUCUCUCGGGCUGCACGCUUCUCAUUGCCACCAGGCCUAAAGAUGUUCUUAAUCAGGUGUUGCGAAAAAUGGACAGCCUUUUGGAGCUUUGUUGCUUCUCUCCCGAGGACAUAGAGCUUUACACAUCAAAAUUUUUCAAGGACACUUCAAUCCAGGAGAACGCACUGACAAAAAUUAAGAAUCAAAGAUACAUAUACAGUCUAUGCUCCAACCCACUACUUUGCUGGAUUACAUGCUUCCUGCUGGAGCAUCAUGAUGGCUGCAGUGAUGCUUUGCCUACCACCCUCACAGACUUGUGCCAAAGAGUGACUUCCAAGCAUCUGCAGCUGGCUAACCAGGAGAAUAGCAUAUUAGAUUACAAACACAUGCAGAAUAUCCCACAGCUGUGCAAAAUGGCAUGGGAAGGUUUCAAGAACCACAGUACUCAUGCAAACCGUGUCAGCUCCGCAGAGCUGGUGGACUGUGGUCUUAAAAGUGGUAUACUUACAUCCUACAAAACAUUGUCACAUCAGGAAAACCACUUUGCAGGCCUUUUUACUCAGAACCUCCUAGGUGCCGUGCACUUGGUACAAUCUAAACAGGUGAAUGAGAAAACGCUGGUAGCCUACGGUGGGGUCCAGCUGAGAAAACGGAAGAUUCUGGGAGAGUCGCAAGAUGUGAUGCAGAGGUUUGUCAUGGGCCUACUCUUUCAGAAGGCUCCAACUAAUGGAAUUAGCAUUCUGGACAGCAGCAUUGACAUACAGGCCAAAAAGAAGGCUGUAGAUGCCCAUCUGGAGAACCUUAAGCCUAUUGAAUUGGUCCCUGCCAGGUUACUCGAACUGUUUCACUGUGUUUACGAGACCAACAGUGGCAAAUAUGCCAAAGUGCUGUUGAAGAAUUUGCCUGACAAUCUGUCGUUCUGUGGGGUGCAGCUUUGCCCGUCAGAUGUGUAUGUCAUAUGCCAUCUUCUUCAGCAGGCCAGCGCAUUGAAGAGGACCUUCUCCAUUAACCUGCAAGAUACAUGCAUACCCAUCAGUGGACUUAAAGAGCUUGUGGGACUCCAAUGUAUAAAAUCAUUCUGGGCACAUACAGCAGACACUAUUGGCUUAUGGGAGGACUUACAGCAAAGCAAUGAUGAACUGAACUUGAAAAGCGCCAUUGAGAAAUUCACCUUAAACCCAUUCAAGGCAACACAAGGGUAUCACAUUGAGAACCUGCCUCUCCUGGUCCAGAUUCACAGAGAGAAGAAGUUACCAAUGAGUCCAUGUGUAUCUGCACUGGAUGAAGGUGUACCAGCCCUCAGCCAGCUUCAGAGAGUGGAAUUUGAGCUUGGAGUCCAGACUGGUCCUGAACUUUUCCCAAAACUCAUAGAGGUCCUGCCUUCCCUGCAGUCUCUUGAGCAUCUGGACCUUGAGAAAAACAAAAUAGGAGACUUUGGAGCUGAGAAGCUAGCUGGCGUUUUGCACUUUUUGACAUCUCUGAAAUUAUUAAAUCUGUCUCAGAACUGCAUUGGAGAUGCUGGAGUAGAGAAACUUUCUCAGGCUCUAGUAUCAGUCCCUUCUCUACAGAGUCUCAGUCUGUAUGGAAAUCUGAUUGAUGACAGUGGAGCUGAACAUCUGGCCUCAGUUUUACCAGACAUUAAAUUCUUGCAGGACCUGGACAUUAAGUUUAACAAGUUUUCAGACAUUGGAGCUAAAAAGCUCAGCGCUGCUCUGAAAAACUGCACUGGAAUGAAGUCCUUAGAGCUUUGGAAUGACUUCAUUCCAUAUGGAGUUUUUGAACACCUUCAUCUUCAAGACCCACGGAUAAGAUCUCUUUGACGUACUAUUUCAAAUAGCUACAUAUUAGACACUGUUACAAGCAAGGUUUUUUUUUCCCCAUACAAAAGCAUACUGUAGAUCACAAUAUUCAAAAGAUCAUCCUUAUUUUUUAACAAGGACACUAAAUGGUUUUGCUCACUUCAAGAUGUUACAGUUUCUCAUAGAAAUCAUUACUUUAUGUGACUGAUGUGUAUAUUAUGGCUGCUUUGCACUUUCUGACAUAACUAAAACAAACUUAUUUUUUUACACCUUUUUUUGUUACAAUAAUAAAAAGAAUUCUCAAAAAUCUGCUUUCUGUGACAGAUUGUAACAAUUUGUGUAAUUGUCAAAUACAUCAAACUAGGACUGUUGUCAAGAGGGGCACCCAGGAGUAUUGUUCUGGACACUGUGACCUGUUUUUUUCACCUUGAGCUGUGAACUGAAGCAAUGGACCAAUACAUCUUUGAUGUAGGGCCUUCUAUAAUUCACAAGAACAAU